AUGGCGGCUGCUCGUCAGGAAAUGGCAGAUCUGCUGCGAGAGGUGCAGAAACUUCAGAAGGAGCUGCAGCCUGUGCGUUCUGCGGUGACCGCACUUCAGAAACGAGAGGCAGACACGCCAAACGCUGCGGCAGCCGGGGCCUCCUUGAAGAAGGUUGCCACGCGCCUUGAAAGCGUGAAGCAGAAGUACAAGCCGUAUCUGACGCGCCUGCAGGAACUGCUGCUCGAUGAGGUGCCGUCGUACCUGCAGCAGACGCCGCUGCUGGCGGCAGACGCGGAGUCUCUGGAGCAUCGCCCAGGCGGCGCGUCUCGUGGCACUCGCAACGCCACAAACGAGCGGCUGACCGCGGGCUCCUCGUCGUCUGUCACCAAGAACACAAGCGACGAUGCAGCUCACCUUCUCCAGCAGGUCUGCCCGCCAUCGACUCCGCACCUUCUGCAACCCGAAAACCUCCGCUUCACUCAUCAGCAGCUUCGCCUCCGCGCGGAGAUGGUCGAGUACUUGAUCGAAACGAACCGAAUCGACAUCGCCGAGCACCUUGUUCGCGAAUACGGCCUUCCGCUGCAGUGGUUUCCACGGUUGGUGCUGCUGCAUCGCGAGCGCAUCUUUGGCGCGGCUGCAGAUGAGAUGGAGUCGUCGCAAAUCCCCCCGCCCACCGGUGCGGCGGUAGGCGCAACUGUCGCGCCUGUGGCUGCCGGCCACUCGCGGCCGUUGCCGGCCUCUAGCGCCUCUCCGCCGGUUACCCCAGCGACACGGAGCCGCGUCGCUGCGGUUCCGCCGAAGUCGCCAAUUCAGCUUUCGUUGACAGCCUCCCCGAAGAGCAGCGUGACUGGUAUGCCGACGCCUUCCCUGCCACGAUCUCCAGCCCCGCAGCCUACGCCAGCAAGCUCAGCCGGCGCCAGCACCCCUGUGGGGCAGCACUUGAACCGGAGCGCACCCUCGCCUGCCUCUUCUGCCCACUCGCCACCCACCCCACAGCAGCAACAGCGGGAGAGCGGGGUGGCAAGCGUAUUACCGUCACAAGCACCGUCCAAUGCCGGCACCGCUGGUGCUGCGACUGCUCCUGUUACCAUGCCAGAUCUUGUUGCGCGCGUCGUGAGCACGGCCAUGUACUUGAAAGACGAGUACCUGGAUCGCAUGGUGCUGGAACGCACCCUGGAGCAACACCUCGGUACCGCGCCGUCCUCGGAGUCGGCAAGCGCUACAUUGACUCGUGGUAACAGCACGCCACCGCCUUGCUCUGCGACGCCGCUAGAACGCUACAAAGCGUGCGUUCUCAGUCGCAUUGCCAACAUACCUCGCCACCACCUGCACACACAGUCAGGCGACGACGUCUUCGACAGCGCCAUAAUGAACAUCAUCGAAGAUCUGCUCGUGUACGGCUUACAGAAGUGGGCAGAGGUGGAUGCCGUGACAACGGCUGACGCUGAAGAGGCAUCUGCGGAGUCCAGGAAGAAAGUAGAGCUCCAGCGCACGCUGACCACGGACACCCUUCUAACCCCGCAGGAGAUGCUGCUGGCAGAGAAGGUAUGGAGCGAGGAGAUCCUUCUCUUGAAGAGGCCCACAAGGUUCUACUGCGUGGAGAGCGGCUUGACCACGGAAGACGGGGCCGCCUCCGCGCUGGCCAUGCCACGCGCGCGCACCAGCGGCGAAGUGGUUUCGAAGUGCGUCGCCAUCAGCCAUGACGCACUCGACGCGACCGUGGGCAUCUUCAUCACUUGA